AUGACAACUCUCGAGGAACUUUUGAUCGCUCAAAAACAGACGAUACUUUACAUAUCGAAAGUUCUGCCGAAUUUCAAGAAGCUUGGACAAGCCAAGAUGACCUGUGCAGUGACUAUCAAACGAAUGGAUCAUUUAAAGGAGCUCUUCACCAAAUGCCAGGAUCUUUACACAAAAAUUGAGUUUCUGGCUACAGCCCAGGAUCAAGCGGAGCAUGCUUAUUUCAAGCACGACCAAUUCUCUGUCUGCGCCGACGUCUACGAGGAGACCUCAGACUACAUAGCGGAGAUAUUAUCCGGAUUCGAGACUCCACUCCUUCAAUCAGCCAUUGGUGACUCAUUAUUAAAUUUACCGACCGUUUCGACGAACACUUCCAAAGACCUUUGCGCGCUCCGUGAUAUAUCCAACUCAGCGAUCCAAGGAUUAAAAAAUCUUGGACGCCCCGUCGAACAUUUGAGCGAUAUGUUAGUCUUUCUGAUCUCCCAAAAGUUCGAUAAAAUCUCGCGAGAAGCAUGGGAACUCCGGCGUGAUACUUCUGAGCCGUAUCCAACAUUCGCGGAAAUUAAUCAAUUUUUAAACGAACGAAUUCAAGCGUUCGGAACAAUAAUUCCGAUUAAACCAAAAGAAAAAUCAACGGACACGACAAAGUCGGCGAAGAAUAACACGGUCGCUUCCCAUGCUGCGUCAACCGUCAGUUUCAAGUGUCCUGUUUGCAAACAAGGCACUCAUCUGUUAUACCAAUGUGAAACUUUCUUAAAUAAAACUCCGAUCCAACGUUCCGAAUACAUUCGUCAGAAUAACCGUUGCCUUAAUUGCUUCAGUCGGAAACAUCAUGUCAAAAACUGUACGAAUAGUCACGUGUGCAAAUAUUGUAACGCUCAACAUCAUUCGUUAUUACAUUAUAAUGUUACUGCCAAUCCAUCUACUUCUGAGCAAUCAGAGGCGCCUGCGACAACAAGCGAAGUCGCGACGCAUUUCGUUUCCAAGACCGUGUCACCAAAUUCGAGCGGUCUGCUUGCGACAGCUCGCCUGAGAUUACAUUCGCCGCAUGGGCGCACCGUAACCGCGCGCGCUCUGAUAGAUCCUGGAUCCGUCGUUACUCUAAUCACUGAAUCAAUCGUCCAAUGUCUCUAUUUACCAAAAUUUAAACACGCAGUUUGCGUUACCGGCGUUGGCGAGACACAAUUUCCCGUGCAUUCUGCGACGAACAUUACCGUUUCUCCGACGUUUAGCGACGGACCUGCCUACUCGACGAACGCGCUAAUUCUUAAGUCGUUAACCAAGUACUUACCGAACCAAAAUCUACUCGUCGAUCAAUGGCGUCAUAUUUCGGAUUUAACCUUGGCUGAUAGUGAACCCAUGAGUCGCGAUCCAAUUGAUAUCAUUAUCGGCAUUGACCUUUAUGGUAUGCUCAUCCUCGAUGGCAUUCGUAAAGGCUCAGCCAAUGAGCCCGUAACUCAAAACACCGCGCUGGGAUGGAUCCUGUUUGGUCCUAUCUCUCCUUCCUUGAACCGUCAUUCACCUGCCUUAUCCGUGCAUCACAGCAACAUUGAGGAUCUCGAUUUCGUGCUUCGGCGAUUCUGGGAAGUAGAAGAACUUCCUCAGAGCCUUCAUCUAACUCUAGAUGAAAUCCGUUGUGAGGAGCACUUUGUUGCGACUCAUUCCCGUACUGAUGAAGGUCGCUAUAUUGUUCGACUUCCGUUUAAAACCAACAAUUCAGUUUCGCUAGGUGAAUCCCGUGCCGUUGCGUUCGCGUGCCUCCAACGUCGUGAAAGGCGUUUCCUUCGUCAGCUGACUUCAGCUUCCGAGUAUAGUAAUUUCCUCGACGAGUAUCGUACCCUUGGUCAUAUGAACCAAAUCCAGAACCCUGCGAUGCCCAGUCUCACUGGUCAAAGCUAUUAUAUUCCGCAUCACGCAGUAAUACGAACGUCAAGCGCGACAACACGUUUACGCGUCGUAUUCAACGCAUCAAGCCCAUCUUCGAAUGGCACGUCGUUAAACGACCUUUUACUUGUUGGUCCUAAAUUACAAAUCGAUAUCACAACUGUCUUAUUACAAUGGCGCCAACACCGAUAUGUUUAUAUAGCCGAUAUUGAGAAAAUGUAUCGACAAAUCUUGGUCGAUCCCCGCGAUACAGAUUUUCAACGCAUUCUAUGGCGCGCUUCACCGGAUGUACCUGUCGACGAAUAUCGUUUAAUGACUGUUACUUACGGAACCGCCGCAGCACCCUACCUCGCCCUUCGCGUACUUAAGCAGCUCACUGAGGAUGAGGGAUCACAUUUCCCACUCGCAGUGCCGAUAUUAAAUUCACAAAUUUAUGUAGACGAUUGCAUUUUCGGAGCUGACGAUAAAACUCUUGCGCGGGAGACUCGUAAUCAAUUAAUCGCUUUAUUGUCUAAGGGCGGCUUUCGGUUGAGAAAAUGGGCAAGCAAUUGCGACGACCUCUUAACCGACCUCGAUCCUUCAGAUCACGGUCUAAGUAACAUUCAGAUGCUCACCGGCGACGAGCAACUUAAAGUUCUCGGCAUUGCCUGGAACCCGGUGUCAGAUGUCUUCUAUUUCCAAGUAAAUCUUGCUCAAGAGUUGUCGAAAACCAAACGUGCUAUCUUGUCAACGAUCUCGAAAUUAUUCGAUCCAUUAGGCUGGGCGGCACCCGUCGUCAUAACAGCAAAAAUUUUUAUGCAACAAUUGUGGUUACUUAAACGCCAAUGGGAUGAGGAGAUUCCGGAUGAUUAUUUUGCACAGUAG